UUUGAGUAAAAGAAACAAAUAUACACCGAUAAGAAAAUUGAUAACUUUGGUAUUGUUGUUUCAUUUUCUUUCAUUCAAUUUCCAUUCCUCACUGCGUGUUGACAUGCUGUAAAGUUGAGAAGAUUUUACGUAAAUUAUAUCUAAUUCAGUUUCAAGAGAUUUCAUAAAAGCCAUCACCAUGUCCCCCCCUGGCUUCCAAUUUGCCAUUGACCGUGGCGGUACAUUCACAGACGUGUAUGCUCGCUGUCCUAACGGCAAAGUGAGGGUUAUGAAGCUGCUGUCAGUAGACCCGCAGAACUAUGAUGAUGCUCCCAGAGAGGCUAUUCGGAGAAUACUGCAGGAGGAAACCGGCAACGCUUUAGCAGCAGACGGCAAAGUGAACUCCUCACUCAUAGAGUCAAUCAGGAUGGGUACCACCGUCGCUACUAACGCGUUACUCGAGAGGAAGGGAGCUAAAAUGGCGCUGGUGAUCAACAAGGGGUUCAAGGAUCUGAUGUACAUUGGGAACCAGGCUAGGCCGAAUAUAUUUCAAUUGGACAUAAAACGCCCAGGAGUUCUCUACACCGAUGUAGUAGAAGUAGACUGUCGGGUCAUCCCAGCCUUAGAAGACAGGUGUCAGAUGCACAAACCUACCACCUGGCAAUCCGUCACAGGAACCACUGGAGAGAAGAUGCUGGUCAUCAAAGACUUGGAAGAAGAAGAAGUAAGAAGGGAUCUUCUUGCGUUGAAGAAGAAAGGGAUUGAGAGUGUGGCAGUAGUGUUAGCUCAUAGUUAUACUUAUCAUGAUCAUGAGGUCAGGAUUGGAAAGAUUGCUGAGGAAAUAGGGUUCAAGCAAGUAUCCCUCUCUCACGCCAUAACAUCCAUGGUCCGCAUGGUGCCGCGCGGCUUCACGGCGUCAGCUGACGCGUACCUUACGCCCCACAUUAGGGAGUACGUCAGGGGGUUCGCUGACGGCUUCUCCGGGGGUCUGAAGGGGUCUAACGUGCUGUUCAUGCAGUCGGAUGGGGGUCUUACGCCUAUGAAUAUGUUCAACGGUUCCCGAGCAAUUCUCUCCGGUCCGGCCGGAGGAGUCGUGGGCUACGCUAUGACAGCUUACCAGAAGGAAACUGGUCUUCCAGUUAUUGGUUUCGACAUGGGAGGUACUUCGACGGACGUGUCUCGCUACGCAGGGUCAUUAGAACACGUACACGAAGCUACUACUGCUGGAGUCACUAUACAAGCUCCUCAACUUGAUAUAAACACAGUAGCGGCCGGCGGUGGUUCCAUGCUGAUGUUCAGGUCGGGGCUGCUAGUAGCCGGCCCCGAGUCUGCGGGGGCGGAGCCCGGGCCCGCGUGCUAUAGAAAAGGAGGACCUCUUACUGUUACUGACGCUAAUUUGCUGUUAGGUCGUUUGUUACCCGAGUACUUCCCGAAGAUCUUCGGUCGCAAUGAGAACGAGCCGCUAGACAGAGAUGCAACUGUUGUCGCCUUCAAGAAGAUGACCGAUGAUAUCAAUAGCUUUUUGAGGCAGGACGGUGGUAAAGAGAUGACCAUGGAAGAAGUGGCGAUGGGCUUCAUAAAUGUUGCCAACGAAGCUAUGUGUAGACCGAUCAGAGCGUUAACUACAGCGCGUGGUCACGACGCGUCCCAACAUGCGCUGGCUUGCUUCGGCGGCGCGGGCGGGCAACACGCCUGCAGUGUGGCCCGGCAGCUGGGCAUAUCCACUGUGCUCAUACAUAAGUAUGCUGGUAUUCUCUCAGCAUACGGCAUGGCCCUAGCCCACAUAGUGCAGGAGGAACAGUCCCCCUCCGCCGCCGUGUACUGCCCCGAUCACUUCCAACAGCUGGACGAUCAGCUCGACUUGCUGGCUGCCCUCGCUAGAGACAAGCUGAUCAGACAGGGCAUACCAGCAUCCCAAAUAAAGACGGAACCAUACCUGCACUUGCGUUACGCGGGCACGGACUGCGCUCUGAUGGUGUCGCCUGUACCCGGGGAUUCCCCCACCGCGUGUAGACACGGGGACUUUUAUACUGCUUUUGUUAAUAGAUACAAGAGCGAGUUCGGCUUCACGCUGUCAGGACGUGACGUCAUAGUGGAUGACGUGAGAGUCCGCGGUGUCGGCAUGAGCACGGUGCCCGACGAGACAGCGCCGCCCGGCGGGAAGGGAACCACUCCUGUACCUGAGAAGACAACAAAGGUGUAUUUCGAAGGAGGUUACAAAGACACAUCGAUCUACUUGCUGGAGAAGUUGAAGCCGGAGCAAGUGGUGCCAGGACCCGCCAUCAUUAUGGACAGUCUGUCUACUAUACUUGUUGAACCAGAUUGCCGCGCCGAAAUCACAGUUCACGGCGACAUCCGAAUCGUAAUCGGCAGCGGCAAGCCGAAGCGCAUCACUACUGACUUGGACUCCAUACAGCUGAGCAUCUUCAGCCAUCGCUUCAUGUCUAUUGCUGAGCAGAUGGGCAGAGUACUCCAACGCACGUCAAUCUCAGUGAACAUAAAGGAGCGACUAGACUUCUCGUGCGCGUUGUUCGGCGCGGACGGCGGGCUCGUGUCCAAUGCUCCGCAUAUACCUGUGCAUUUGGGGGCCAUGCAGGAAACUGUGCAGUAUCAGAUGAAAGUCCGUGGAGACUCACUGAAGCCAGGAGACGUACUUCUAGCCAAUCACCCGAAAGCUGGAGGCUCACAUCUACCAGAUUUGACUGUCAUUACUCCUGUAUUCCAUGAUUCGCACAAACGCCCGAUAUUCUUCGUGGCGUCCCGCGGGCACCACGCGGACAUCGGCGGGCUCACGCCCGGCUCCAUGCCGCCGCACUCCGUCACGCUGCUGCAGGAGGGAGCUGCCUUCAAGUCUAUGCUGUUGGUGGAUGCUGGGAAGUUCAAUGAGGAACUGCUUACUCAAGAACUUAUGAAACCAGGCAAGGAGCCAGGGUGUUCUGGCACGAGGAACUUGGCUGACAACCUGUCAGAUUUGAAGGCACAAGUCGCUGCUAACCAGAGGGGUAUUCAACUGGUAGGUGAGCUGAUAAACGAGUAUGGCUUGGACGUGGUUCAGGCGUACAUGACGCAUAUACAAGCCAACGCCGAGCUCGCUGUCAGGGAUAUGCUCAAGGAAAUAGCCCGGAACGCCCUCGCAAAGACCGGCUCCACUGUUCUCAAAGCUACGGAGUACAUGGACAACGGCACUCCUAUAGUCCUCACUGUCACACUAGAUAAAGAUCUUGGCAGCGCUGUCUGUGAUUUUACUGGCACAGGUGUAGAGGUAUGGGGCAACCUGAACGCUCCUCGCGCCAUCACGCUGUCAGCGCUCAUAUACUGUCUGCGCUGCAUGGUGGGUCAUGAUGUGCCUUUGAACCAGGGCUGCCUCAAUCCAGUGAAAGUGAUAAUUCCACCACAAUCGAUCCUGGACCCGUCGGAGAACGCCGCAGUUGUGGGCGGAAAUGUGCUUACUUCACAGAGAAUUGUUGAUGUCGUGUUAAAGGCUUUCCAGGUGUGUGCAGCAUCGCAGGGCUGUAUGAACAACUUGACGUUAGGUGAAGAGGACUGGGGGUACUAUGAAACUGUCGCCGGCGGCAGUGGCGCUGGUCCAGGCUGGCACGGUAGCGGCGGCGUUCACACUCACAUGACGAACACCCGCAUCACGGACGUGGAGAUAGUUGAGAGAAGAUACCCCAUGCUUGUCACCAAGUUCUCUCUAAGACCGCAGUCGGGUGGCAGAGGUCGUUGGAAUGGCGGAGAUGGAGUAACUCGUGAGCUGGUGUUCCGUCGUAGCGUGCAGCUGUCGGUCCUCACUGAGCGAAGGUCAUUCCAGCCUUAUGGCAUGAAUGGUGGUGAGUCAGGAGAGCGUGGUUUGAACUUGUUGCAGCGUGUGGAUGGACGACUCAUCAACUUAGGAGGAAAGGCUUCCAUUCAAGCCUUCCCAGGGGACAAGUACAUAAUGAAUUCCCCCGGCGGCGGCGGCUACGGUCCUGCAUCGGACACGCAGACAGACGAGCAGACACACAAACAAACUAGCGCCUUCCUAGAGAGGGGCAGCGUCUUCGAGUACAGGAGUGCGCAGGAGUCUGUGUGAUGUAGGGGGAAUACAGUUUAUUUUGAAGGCAUUUUAUGUAGUAGAAGAUGUUUUUCAAUAAAUGUACCAUUUUGCCAAGUUAUUUAAACACAUGAAAU